GUACUGUAUUCAUUUCGAAAGCCAAGGCGACAUGGCUUGCCAUGACAAGUCGUAGACACCACGAGUCAUAGCCAUGUCGGACCAGACUUUUUAUAUAGACGACAACCCCACCGACCUGACUCGGCGGCUCCUCGCUUCAUCACCCGGAAGCACCGUGACCUUUACCCUCGACGAACUCCUGCAGUCAGCCGAUUAUGCGGACAGAGGCAGUAAAAUCCUCACGGGCGUCCUCGCCGUGUAUCAAAUGGCAGCUCGGCACACCGCACCGAGUGUAGCCGCACAGAUCGCUCUGAGGGCGACUCAGUAUCGGGAACAGUUUUGCGGGAUGGAGUGUACUGGGUGUAGGGGGAAAGGUUACCCCCCGGACAGCCACUGGAGAGCGAGGCAACGAUACCAGGGUGGCAAGCUUUGCUUGAGAGCCGAUCCCGAGGAGUAUCCAGAACUACCUAUCAGCUGUUCUUCCUGCGCAGCAGACGGGAAGGAAUGUAACGUCAUCACCGAGAACAUCGAUAUCUCCGAUCCACACAUGUGGGACUCGGAGGACGACUUUGACACCCCGUACAGUCCGUUCAAAUGUAAUCACGAAGAUGACUGUGAAUCCUGUACCUCUUCGCACCCGGAACACGAGACCGAACCAAAGGAAAAGGAACGACCCGUCAUCGAGAUCCCUGACCUCCUUCGUCUUGCGCCUACUCACACUCUCGCCGAACUGGAUGACUAUUUUGAAAAGAAUCCCUGGGGAUUUCCGGCCUCCCGUCAAUGGGGCAACGACCAUGAGACCGGGAAGAGCUGGCACGAUCUGUUCUCCCUCUACACGGGGGCUCCAUUUUCUCAACUAGGGUAUUACGAGGAUGAUGAUGGAGAACGCUCGACUGGAUGGGUGGAUAGAGAGAUAAAGGAGCGAUGGGUGAGGGAGUUGUUUGGGUAUUUCCCCGGGGUGAUCAAGGAGGUCGAGGACGUGGGUAGCAAGCUCGAGGUCGACUCCGAUGAAGAUGAAGCUCAGGUGGACGCGCAGUUGCAAGAAGGAUCCCAAGCAAGGGAGGACACCGCUCUAAAGGGCCUCGCUACAACCUGGUCCAUCGUCAUCCCCGCAUACAUCUCCUCCGCUCCGUUUCCUCUCGACCAGACGACACAACCCCGACUGGAUCUUCCGUACGACUGUCCGCCUGAUUCACCUCCACCUUCUCCUGAACCAAAGUCACGUUUCCCAAACUUGCCUGGUUCGGUCGGUGGGCCCUCGGGAAAGGGUGCAGGCAAGAAGACGGCUGCAGCGAAGAAACAGACGCAGGGCAAGGCCGGUGGGUCAGGGGGAUAUGCUGGUGGUGGUGGAGUCAAGGGUGGUAAAGCUCAAGCUCCAGCCAACGGGAAGGGCAAGAAGGACAAAGGCAAGGGCAGCAGAGGCAGAGGCGGUGGGGGUAAGAAGGGUAAAGGACGCCAAUCGGACAACGAAUGGCCUAAGCGGGGAACAUAACCCUCGAUGUAUCAUAGCGGUCAAGG